GGGACUGCUAAUCACAUGGUUCGGUAGGCACACAACUUGUGCAGGUCUCGGGUAGCGUGCUGCAAUUCGAAUUUUGAACUGCUGCUUCAGUGAAUGCGAUUUUUUAAAUUGUAGUGGAUUGUUAUGCCAGGCAGGAGCACAAUAAAAAAGGAUGGUACAACCAGCCAGUUGGUUCUUGAAACUUUGUUCAGAACAGAGCAGGUAGAGCGUGCAUGGCUCCCGCGGCAGUCGUUGGUGAAGCAAGUGGUAAGACAACAACGACGGGUGAAGUUUCAGAAAAAAAAAGACGACGGGUGGUGCUGAGCAGCCUAGGGGCGAUGUCACUGAGGACGGCCAUGAAGCCGGAGGCGUGGACCACGACCGGCGAGGAGGGUGAAGAGCAGUGGGAUCAAGACGAGCGUGAGGUGUUGGAGUUUGAGGAGGAAGCAUGGAAGAUCUCCGCAAAAGGCGGGGAAUCUACCACGGUCAAACUGGCGGGUGAGGAGAGCUUCAGCGAGCACGAUCCAGCGGGUGCAGUCAUUAUGGACGAUGUACCAUCCUUCUUGCGAUAGCGUUGGCGGCGCUGAGAAGCUGGAGGAAUCAGACGCAGAGGUGAGCAGAGGUCCGGCUAAGCGACGGCGAACUGAACCAUAGAUGGACUUUUAUGUUGGGGAGAUAGCAACGUUGCCACUGACCAUUUUGGAUGGCACGUACGUUGUGUACUGAUUUGUUUUUCUGGUAAGUUGUUUACUGAUUCGUGACACCCUUGUGCGUGAAAGAAAUUUGUUGGGAGCAGGCUGUUCAAACUAAAGGAAUCCAAAAUCCCUAGCCUUUUGUAAACUGUUGUACAGCCAGAAACUUAAUGGCCCAUGGUUGAAAUGGCGUGGAAUGUUAAUUUGUGCAA